AUGCGUUUGAUGCGGGUUUUUCGCUUCAUCAUGGCCUUUCGAACUCUCAUCGCCUCGAUCUCCGACACGCUCAAGUCUCUUUUUUGGGCCUUGAUGUUAUUGGCUGUCAUCGUCUACGUCUUCGCCGUUCUUUUUACGCAAGCGGUGAAUGACUAUCUCUACGACAUGGACACACCACUUCCAGAACGAGAACAGCUGGCUGCGGAACGGUACUAUUCAUCGCUAUUUGAUACCAUGCUCAGUCUCUUCAUGGCCAUCGCAAAUGGCGUCAGUUGGCAUGAGCUGGUCGCUCCUCUCAGGCUACUUGGGCCAAGAAACUGGUUGAAAUGGGUCUGCAAAAAUUACGGCACAUGUUCAUGA